AUGGACGGUGAUAAAAUUAUGACUGAUGCUGAAACGGUCAGCACAGGUGAAACUCGUCUACAAAACUUAGAAAUACAAAUGGGUGAAUUUAGCAGAGACAUGAAGGAAGUCAAAGCUAACUCUAUUAACAACGAUAAAAGAAUGCAGGAAAUGCAAUCUUUGCUUGAGCAAUUAACAGGUAUGUUCAAAGCUCAAAGCCGUACGGAAGAGAUACAUGGAAAAACAUUGGAACAAGCCUCAAUUCAAUUCUCAAAACUUCAAAGAAAUGAAGAAGAAAUGAGAAUCAACCUUAAGAAAGACGAAGAAGAAAUUAUUGGAAUCGAGGAAAACGAAAAACAGAUCACCAAUAGAAUCAUCGAAGAUGAAUCAAAGGCAUCUCUGAUGGAACAGAGAAUUAUUCAAAUAGAAGAGAGACUUAAUAAUGGAAAUCCAAAUAAUACAAAUGGAUUUAAAAGCAGAUCAAAAUUACCAUCUCAAAAUGAGACUUUAGCAAAAGUGGAAAGACACUUCCCGUCGUUGGUAAUCUAUGGAAAUCAUAGUUUAGUUGCUAAUUGUACCAAAAACUAUAGUGACGUUUCGGUACCAAUGAAUAAUGACGCCAUUUUGAAAGAUGAAGAUAUUGAAGACCCGCUUGAUGUUCUGCUUACUAUUCAGGGUUUAUUAGUGGGAAAACAUGUUCGUUUUCAAGACUGGGGAAAUUUCCUAUAUUCCUGUUGUAAGAAAAAUGCUCGCAGUUAUCUCACUGAUCAACGAGGUUUUAUUGUCGACUGGACAACAGCUAUUGCAAAAUUCUUUCAAACCUUUGAUUUCGGUGCAAGAACCCAAUCCGAAUUGAGUGAACUUUCUCACUUCAAUCCUAAAGCAGGAGAUGAUGCCAGAGAAUAUUUCGUAAACCUAGUUCAUAAAGGUAAAGCAAUUCGGAACAUCUACGUCCGUUUUACUCUAUGA